AUGGAGUCCGAGAGGAGCUCGCUCAUGGCCCGGGACUUGGAGACCCCAAAGAAGGAUAUGCAGCUGCGGGUGAUCCCGUCGGAAGUGAAGUUCCUGGACGCGAUGGCAGGGAGGGUCUACCGCCUCCCAAUUACCGUGCACAAUCUAGGCCGAUACAGCCAGAAGAUUCGGUUUCAGGAGCCUGUCAAGCCACAGUUCAAACUGAUUUUGACCAAUCUGGAUAAAGCACUUGCUUCUGGCCUUCAGACGACAGCUAUGGUGGAAUAUCAUCCUGAUAAGAAUGAAGACACUUUUGACCAACUUCUUAUUUCAAUAGGGAAUAAAACAGUAGAGAUCCCUCUAAUUGGGUUGAUUCUAUCCUGUCAACUGGAAAUUGAGUCAGAAGUUAAUUUUGGGACAUUGGUUGCCAAUAGUAAAGUAUAUUGUAAAGAGAUUAAUAUCAUUAACCAUGGCAGAGUGCCAGGUAUGUUUAAAACAGAAUACCAGGGUCAGUUACCCAUUGUCAUUUUUCCAACCAGUGGUAUUGUGCAACCCAAGUCAUCAAUGGUUAUUAAAGUGGAUUUAUGUGCAGACUGGCCCAUAAUUGUAAAUGAAGUGGCAAAAGUGAGUUUGCAAGAUCGUCCAGACAUAUUUUUGAAUAUCAAAGCUCAUGUUGUUGAGCAGAUUAUUGAAUUGUUAAACAUGAGUAAUGAUAAGAAGUUGGAAUGCAUAAGCUUUGGUUCUGUUUUCUUUGGAAUGUCAAAGAUUGAACAUGCACUUCCAUACAAUAAUAGCCCAGAACCUAUAAAUUGGGUAGCCAUAAUGCAAGAUGAUUCUGUUGGAGAAGAAUUGGGUACAAAUGUUCAACAAAGAACAGAUGUUGCUUUAAAUAAUCUAACCUACUUAAGGAAAAUAAAGAACAUAGAUAUUACCACAUUUAUCUCCUAUGUUCCUAAUGAAGGGAGGUUACAACCUUAUCAAAACAUUUUAAUUACAUUUUGUUUCAGCCCAAAGCUAAUCAUUAAUGGUCAAAAGGAUGAUCCUUCACACAGGCAAGAUGCUCUCUUUCUGAGAUUUGAGUCUGUAGGAAGUAAAGAUGGAUUUUUGAGAGAUGAUAACAAUAAAACCAUCAAAAGUGAUCGAUUCCAGAAAGUGGAAUUAGCCCUGACAGGCUCAGGACUUCCUGUCUUAUUACAGUUUGAUCUGGGAAGGGUCCUUAAUUUUGCACCUUGUUUCAUGGUUGGACGUUCAGAGAUUCAGUGUAUUAUGCAAAAUCGAUCCAAAUCACUUCCUGUGAUGUACCGCUUUAAAAAAACUGCCCAUUUUAAAAUUGAUCCUGAAAAGGGCAAGAUAGAUGAAGGAUGUAUGCAGAAUGUGACAUGUUUAUUCAUUCCACAUCAAGUUGGAGUCUUUAAAGUGAAGCAAUUUAUAGAGAUUAUUGGCUCAGUGACAGAUGAAAAUUUGCAGUCUUCGUCCCUGAAGCCUUUCCAUCAGAUAUGUUUAUAUUUCAGUAGUGUCUGCAAACCUUCCACCAAGAAAGUUGUGAUGAAAAUUAAUCCUGGUAUAUCCCCUUUGAUCAGUAAUCCUAUGGGACAGUUUGUGGUGAAAGACUUGGCAAAAUACAAGGACCAUGCACCUGUCGCAAUGCUUCAAUCAACCACGGCACACAUUCACAAUCAUAACACAAGUAAGGAGUUAAUAAAGGAUGCUCUGAUAGCCUUUCCCAAUGACCGAGCUGCAAGUAUCCGGUCUGGAGAAGAGCAUAAACAUUUCAGGACGAUUUUCACAAAGAUUCCAAGAUAUAACUAUGUGGAUCCUGAUUCUGCAUAUACUAAAUUUGAAAAAAUAGAAAAGAAAGCACAUGAAAAGCAUUAUGCAGGAUACAUUAAAUAUUUAAGAAAUGUGCGCCUGCAGAAAGAAGAACAGAGGAAACACAUGUACUCAUAUAAUGAUACAGACAUAGGAUUACAGCCAGCAUCGGGUCUAAAGUCACCCACACUCUCAAAAGCGGAAAUAGAAGAGUUAUCUUCAGCACAGCGUCGGAUCAAAUGUAACCAAUUGCUAAGUACCAGAAAUAUAGCAUCCACAGAGACAGAGUCUUUGAGAAGAAAGGUUCUCAAAGGACUUAAAGCAGACCCAUCCUCACCCCAUGAAAAACAUGAUUGCAGCUUAAUCUUGACACCAAAGCAAAUUCAUCAAGUAAUUGUUGGGCCCUCUGUCCUUAACUUUGGUGAUGUUUGUGUGAACUCAACAAAUACUCAUCUACUACAUGUUAUUAAUAUGCUACCUAUUCAUAUUUUGAUCCAGUUAGAUGUUAGUUUGCAAGAACUUCAGAAAACCAACCAAUUUUCAUAUGUGAUUCCACCUACAGCUAGUACUUAUGUUUCAGUGAUAUUUGAAUCUCCCACUAUUGGAAAAUUUGGGAAGUCUUUCACCUUUAUAGUGAACAAUAUGCCUGGUGGGCACAUCCUAGUGAUGGCAGUUGUCUUGCCAGUAAAACUUGAGCUAUCUGCUAAUGAGCUAGUACUGAGACCACAAGGCUUCUUGGUGAAAACAUGUUUUAGGGGGAUGGUUAGGUUGUAUAAUCCUCAGAAUUAUUUUGUCAAAUUUGAAUGGCAACCGAUAAAUACAGGAAAAGGGAUGGCAUUUUCCAUUCGUCCAGCUAAAGGCGCUGUUGAACCAUACUCCCUAUUGGAAUGUGAAGUGACAUGGCAGCCGGGUUUUGAUUCUCCAGAAAGGGGAGAAUUUAUUCUUCACAUCAAUGAAGGAAGCACACUGACACUGAAAUGUCUUGCACAUCUUGGUCACACCAAGGUCGUUCUUUUAGAGCCAAGGAUACUCUUCAGUGAUAGCCCUCAAGGUUUAACAACUUGGAGGAAAGCCAUUCUUCACAAUGUAGGACAAAACCAUGCUUAUUUCAAGGUUUGUGACCAGAGUCUUUUGUCUGUGAUUGACGUUCCAUCACAAGGAAUCAUUCCAUUGCGGGGGCUAACUGUUCUCAAUAUCUCCUGUACUCCUACCGUAGCAGGAAAAUUUGAUACAGGAGCCAAAGGUAUGUUUAUGCAUAGGUGUAUUGCUAUUCGCUAUGCAGAAGACAUAGACCUUAGGUUGGGUGGAUCUGUUGAGAUUGCUGAUGUCGAAAUCAAUCCGGAUGUAUUUAAUUUCAGUGGCACCUAUGUUGGUGCUACCCAGAUUAUUCCAUUUUUAGUAAAAAACAAAGGUAUAACACGUGCCGGAGUAGAGUUUAAUCUGGAAGACUUUGAAGGUUUUUCUGUGGAUUUUAAAGACAAAUCAGGGGAAUUCACAGACCCUGCAUUUCCUGACAUAUGUUCCUUGGAGUUAGAGAGAGAGACAUCUCUGGAGUGUGGCCUAGCAUUUUCUCCCAAAGAAGUGGCAACUUACAACUUUAGCAUUCAAGUUCGAAUUAAUUUCUUCGCAGCUUCAGAACUUUACACUCAGUGUUGUUUGUCAGACUCUCCUAUGAUUCCACAAACGGCACCACUUACUCGACCAUGUUACGUUCAAGCUACUGUGUUGCAAGCACCAAUGACAUUUUCCAGCACUGAUUUUAUAUUUGAAAUCCCAUUACAUACUAUGGAUCCUAAUAAAAGUGUCACAAAAACUCAGGAUCUUGUUUUACAUAUUACUUCAAAAAAAGAUGUAGAGUGGAAUUUGGAUAUUAGUAAUACUGGUAUACUUUUCGAAGAUGGCAUAUUCAAAUUUAGCGUACUCAGUGGGACUCUGCGACCAAUUGAAGAGUGUAAUGUUUCUAUAAAUUUCUGUCCAAGACAGCCUAGAAAAUACACAGCUGAUAUUCCUAUACAUUUAAAUGAUAAUCCAGUUUGCUUUCGAAUGUUAUGUCUGGUCGGAGAGGUAAAAUUACCCAAGUUAUUGUUUGAUCCUCCUUUCAUAUUUUUUACUCCUGUUCCUUUGGGUGUAACAACUGUGAUGGAUGUCAACAUUUUACCUCAGAACUAUUUCAGGGAUUCAACUUUCAGUGUCCAGAUUUCCCCAGCAAGGCUUCUUGAUGGUGACGUGAUUCAACCUCUUUCUGUGAAUUUUCCAAAAGGCAAAAUUUUCAUUAUGGGCUCUCCCAGUGGAAUUAAUGCUGCGCUCACCUGCCAUCUCAGCUUCAGUUCAUCUAAAGCCGUGUCAUUUUUCACCAGUGUUCUCUUCUGCGAUAGCAGGGAUAAGUGGUUUUUACUUCCAGUUACCGCAACAGCAGAAAACUGCAUUCUUACUCUCUAUUUAUAUAUGGCAAUUCAUCUUGAUGAGCAAAAAAUUAUUUUAAAGAAUGUCUCAGGGGAUGAACUUUUCUCUAACUUUUCAGAAGAACUGAAGACCACCAGAAAAGGAUGCCAGUUCUGUGAAGGCCGGAGCAAGGUUUUGCUUGCCAAUCGAGAAGCUGGAUUACCCUCUCCUGCUCCUAGUAAAUUUAGUGAUGCUGAGCCUGAAAAGGGAAGAUUAUUUGUUGGAAUGGAAAUAAUACCUGAAAGAUUGAACUCAGGAAAAAGUGAAAUGUCAAAGAAAAGCAACAGAUCUAUGGAAAAGGAGGUGAAAGACGAGCAGUUCUUUUCUCCUGAAGAAGGUACAAAGACAUAUGACUUCUUUAAGAAGGUUGUAAAUGCAGCUCAGACCUGGUUCAGUCUCUUCGGCUGGCCUGAAGGACCCCAUUCUCUUUCUAUUCCAGAGACUAUAAGAAGGAAUGUGUAUAAAAUACAAUUCUACUCAUCAGCUCCAUCACCCAAAAAAUUUUUCAGACAGAGUGACUUUUCCAAAUGUAAUAAGACCAUUUAUGAUGUGAUGCUCCACUUGAGUGGAAAAAUACCACCUGGAAUUACUUCAAGUCAGUCUUUACCUGUGGAUUACACUGAAAGGGUGAUUCAACUUCAUUUGCAACAUUCUUCACUUCGUGACUUUCUCAGUGCUCAAGGAGCAUGUAUUUCUCAUGUACUGCCAGAAUUUCUGCUUGAACCAGAAGAUUAUAAGAAGUGGAUUGAAAUUACAUCUUCCACUAAUACCUUGCCCAAGUUUUCCAAUAUACCUAAGGAAAAGCAUUCUAUUGUUAUAGAUAUUACAAAGUUUGAAGCCUGGAGUAAAUGGGCAUGGACAGAUGUAUUCCUUCAGACUUACCAGGCUCUGGUACUAUACCGAGUUGUACCACAUAGCAUCAAUAAUCUGCCCCCUGUACAUGUGCAAAAUUCACCAAAAGUCAAUCCUUGUUUUGCAUCCAGCAACAUGUAUUCUAAUCCUGAAAGGAUUCUGCUUAGUUGGAUGAACACAAAUUAUGAGAACAGCUGACAUGUUAUUUGGAAAAACUGUCCCAAAGAUGCUAUUCCCUCUGAGAGAUGGAUAGUAAAUUUUGACAGAGACCUUUUAGAUGGCCUUGUUUUUGCAACUCUGUUAGGAGCCUAUUGCCCAUUUUUGAUUGAGUUUCAUUUUGUAAAUAUGUACACACAACCGAAAAGUUCUGAACAGUAUCUGCACAAUUGCCUGAUUAUUGUGAAUGUUCUUCGUGAAAUUGGCUUUGACAUGGACAUACAGGCUACUGACAUCUGUGAUCCCAAUCCAAUCCCGAUGCUUAUGUUUUGUGUCUGCAUGUAUGAAAGACUUCCUGCAUAUCUCCCCAAGAAGGUGGUGCCCUUUCAUUGUACUCUACAUGACACUGUGUUGAGAGAGAUUCUACUGCAAAAUUCAAGCUUGAAAAACAUAGUAUAUAAUGCUACAAUUAUCGGAAGAGAUGCCACUGACUUCUCCCUCUCCCAAGGGAAGGUUGUGACAGUUUCUCCAAAAAACCGAAUUACUGUCACUCUGAAAUUUACCAGUCGCUUCCUCCAUCCUGCUGAAGCUUCACUGCUAUUAAUUUCAAAACCUAAGAAUGGAACAGGAGGUACUACGAUGACUUUUGCUCUCAAGGGUGAAGUCCUCAAUUUUAAAGCCAUCGCAACUAUAAAAUGCAAAUCUCCGUGUUAUAAAUGGAAAGAAGUCACUGUGAAUGUUAAAAAUCCCUUCCACCCUGCUGGGGAUUUCAGUGUAAUUUUUGUGGAAUCUUCAACAUUUAUCUCUUUGCCAUCCCAAUUAACUGAAGUUGGAGAAUUUGUUGACCACAUGAACGAUGGCGGUGCUGUGAGUAGCAGUGAACAUGAUGUUGCUGAGGGCUGUUCCCAGGCCCCAGAUGCCUUAAAAACCUCAAUUAAGUCCAAUUUCAUCAAAGAGUUCUUCUGCUCUACACAUACUCUUCACUUGGGAGCGGAAGGGACUUCAAGCCUGGAGCUCUUCUUUCUCCCCUUUGGCAUGCACACCCGCUACUGUGUCAUCAUCUUCAGCAACAAAAAGAUUGGAGAAUUAAUAUAUGUUUUGGAAGGAAUAGGUAUGAUCCCCUUGCCUUCCAGAUUCUUUCUGAUGGAUUCUUCAACUCCGCUUGACCACAGCAGUUCUCCAGAAGAAGUGCUUAAUAAGGAAUAUCCAGUUCUGUAUUUGAAAUGUAAGCUCCGUCAAAUCCUGGAUGUGGACUUUAAAUUGUCACUGACUAAUGAAGCCAAGGAGAAGGCCUUGGCUUUUGCAGUACAGCAACAGAUGUUGAAGAUCGAGUAUGAGAGAAGGUUGAUCACGGGCACUCUGGAGAGCAGUAGCGUCCGCGUGGCCAUCGCCCUCCUGGGGCUGACCAAGAUCAAGAUUUGUAUGCUCUUUAAUAUCUCAAAGUUGAAGAAGCCAAAGUCCAUUUUAUACAAAACAGAGCUGAGCCUUCCAGAACAUUUUGAUAUCCCCAAGACAAUCUGCAUUCCUCAGAUUCCGGAAACUCAAGCUAAAUUGACUCAAUAUCAAGGAAUUAAAUCUGCAGAAAAAACAGUUACAGAUGGAUCUGUUCCAGUUCCUUUACGAUUUGUUCCUCUCAGUCCUGGACGCUUUUGUAAAAUCUUGUUGACAUCAAGGUAUGAUGUGCGUGUCUAUUGCAUUGAAGGUGUGGUAAAUGAAGAACGUCCAGAGGCCAGAUUUGAUUUUGAAACACCAGCAUUUGAAGCCCUUACCCAGAAUAUUCCAAUAAAUAAUAAAACAAAGAAUGAAUGGAAAUGUCAAGUUACUGUAGAAGGAGAAUGGUUUUAUGGGCCUCCUGUUUUACAUGUUGGACCAGGUGAAACUGUGAAUUAUCCUCUCACAUUCAAACCUAUUUUGGAAUGUGAGAUUAUGGGCAAACUUACCCUACAAAAUGAAGUAGAUGGUAUGGAGCAUAUCUUUGACAUAAAAGGGAUUGGAAAAAGACUGCUGGCCUUGGAACACAUCACCAUAGACUGUCAAGUGGGGGAGAUAACAAAUAAACCCAUAAUGGUGCCCAAUUAUACAACAAGCAUCCUAACAUUUAAGGUGUCCUCAGAUCUUCCGAUGGUGUGGGGAAACUCAGACAUCACCAUAGACCCUGAUAACGCAAUUUCCUAUAUUCUACACGUAUGCCCUUGGAAACGUGGUGUAUUCAAAGGUACAAUUUCGUUUUCCGUUAAAAGCAGACAAAAUGGUGAUUCUCAGGAAGACUCAGAUGAAGAUAAAGAUAGACAUCUAAUACCCUCCUUUGAGAAAUCAUUAUCAGAACCAUCUGACAAGUUUGAUGAGGAAAAACCAGAUGAUGCUAUUAGCAAUUUACAAAUCUGGUAUUAUCUUGAGAUCCAUAGUGCUCCUGGACCACCCUUAAACACUAUUAAAGUGAAAUGUAUUGCUCUGGAGAGUGUUUGUAUUGAAAUACGUCUCUUUAAUCCAAAAGAGAAACUUAUUCACUUAGAUGUGCAGUUAUCGAGUGCUGCCGUUAGUGAACUCAAGGAACUUGUACUAUUUCCACUAGAUUCUCUCAACUGUGUUGUACGGUAUUCUCCAGCGACUACAGGCUAUAGAGAAGAAAGCAUUAUUUUUCAGCCUGAUACAGCUCUAGAGUUUUGGUAUUUACUGAAAGUAACUACUGACAUACCAAAACCAACCAUAAUGCCAGAAAUACAUUGUGACCUUGGAAAGUUUGUCACUCAGAUAAUUCCUUUAGAUAAUCCUACACACGAAACCUUAGAAUUGCAAGCAACAAACAGUAAUCCUGAUAAUUUUGUCCUGGAGGUUAACAGAUCACCAUUUAAAGAAUGGAUAUUCUACAUCUCUGGAAGAGGACUAUUCCCCCAGCCUCUAGAAAUAGAAAGAAUGACCACAUACCUUCGUCUUCAAUCAUCUGUUCUUAUACCUUUCCAAAAUCCCACCAAAGAAGAUGUUUUAAUCGAUAUCAUACUAACAGGUCAGGAGAAGCACAAGCGUCUUGUCCUGGCUCCAUACCGGGACAGCUUCAAGCUUAGUGGUCUGAGUCACACAAAAGGAAUUGCAUUGCCUCCUAAAGGGACUGUAGAUAUCCAGGUGUUACUUAUGCCCCAGGUUAUGAAAUUACAAAAAACAAUGGUCAUUGUUCAAAUGAAGAAGGCAAGUGGAGAAGGGUGGCCUAUUGACAAUUUUAAAGAAUUGCGCACAGAGGUGAAAAGUUUAGUCACAUCAGUAAAUACCAAUACAGUCGUCCCUCAGAAUCCAUGGGGUAUCGAUUCCAGGACCCCUGCAGAUACCAAUAUCCAUGCUUUGGGGAUAGACAGUGAAGAAAUCCCAGGAAUAUGCUGGAUAUACCCUAUUCUUGGAUUCCCACAGGCACCACAUCCUAAAUGCCCCCAAGUUGUCAUAAAAUGUCAGUCCAGGAAGCGGGUAGAAGAGGAGGUGGAAGUCACACUGGAUGGAGAUUUUUGGGGACAAAAUCCUAUAGAACUGACAGACUUUGUAGUGAUUCCAGAAAGAAAGUCAUAUGAUUCUUAUGAAGAUAUCAAAGAUAUACCUGUAAAACGUGAAUUUGAAUAUGAAAUUCAAUUUGAAUCUGAAGUCACGAAGGCUAAUUUGGAAUCCUGCGUGGCUUUAUAUUACAUAAAAAAAUCUUAUAAUAUCAAGGCUGAAAGGGCAACAUUGGUCUUCAGUCUGAUAUUUGCACCAAAGAAACCAUUGAGGUCUCAAAUUACACUGAAAAUAGAGUGCAUAACAGAUGGAAUCUGGAAAUUUCCCAUGAUGUUGGUUGCUACUGAGCCUGAUGUGGAUGGUGUCAUUGACAUAGAAGGGGUUGGUUUAUUUAAAGGAUCUACUGUUGACUUCAGGCUGACAAGUCAGACAAGAAAUCCCGAGCCAUUCAUGGCAUACUUCCUGCCUGGCAGUGAUCCUGAGUUUUUUGUAAAACCUCAGGUUGGAGAACGUCUUCCUUUUGACACUGAAGGAACUCUAAUCGUUGUGGGUUUUAAACCCAAAAUGUACAGCAGGAUAUACACAGCAACAUCAGCAAUACAGACAGCAGAUAUGUACUGGUUGUAUGAUAUUAAUGGGUUACCUCAAGUUACCAUACCACCAGUGAAUGUAAAAGCCAAAGUUGACACUACUAACAAGAUGUUUGACAAAAAGCCAGCUCAUCGGCACAAUUUUAUCUAUGAAAAUGCUCAAAUCACAAGGACAGGGGUAUCCUCUACCAUCAAGGGUGCUCCUUUGAUGUUGAAGAAUAAAUAA